AUGCCACAGAUCAUAUCAAAUACACUCCCACCGUCUGCUCCAGCUUCUCCGCCCACACCAGCUCCCAGUCCAACUCCGAAUGAGCGAACCCCCACGUCAUGGCGGCUCACUCCGUCCGAAGAUGCGGAAGACCCAGUACUUGAGGAUGCCCGUCAAGUCUUCGCAAGGUUAAACUUGACAGCAAAAGAAGACUUUCUGAGAUCACUGGUUGACGUUUGCGACAACCAGACUCUCAGCUUCUUGCAUCAAAUCGUCAGUCCAAGGCUGAAGAAGGACCCAUUUAAAGCUUUACCGAACGAAUUAUGUUUUAGGAUCUUGGAAUUCAUAGACGAUCCAAAGACUUUCGUCCGUGCCUCUCAAGUGUCCAGAAGGUGGCGAGAGAUUGUCAGCGACGACCAAGCCUGGAAAUCACUCUGCGAAAAACAUGACUAUAGGAGGAUGUCGACUGACUCUGUAGGGUCAAAUUUCAAUAGUUCAAGCGUCUCAGCGAGUCAAAUACUUUACGGCAUACGGUCGACAUCGCCCAGUCGAAUACCAGAGAACAUGUCCGCUAUAGAUGAUAGCUCGGAGCGCCUAAGAGACCUGCAGGCAAUGGCAGCGACGAGAAGAGCGAGGAAACAGAAAUCUGGCUAUUCGCACCGAUCAAGAUUCAAGCAUGCUUAUUUAGUGGAAUCGGCAUGGAAAAAAGGCGGGUCGAUGACGCCCAGACAUAUUACGCCAGAUCAAGGUGUUGUGACAAGUCUACAUCUGACGAAAAAGUAUAUUGUUGUCGCUUUGGACAAUGCUAAAAUACACGUCUUCAAUACAAAAGGGGAUCACCAGCGGACAUUAACGGGCCAUGUAAUGGGAGUCUGGGCUAUGGUGCCUUGGGAGGACAUAUUGGUCACAGGUGGAUGCGACAGAGAUGUCAGAGUCUGGAAUAUGGCUACCGGCGCAAGCGUCCAUGUGCUACGAGGCCAUACAUCCACCGUUCGAUGCUUGAAGAUGUCGGAUGCGAAGACAGCGAUAUCCGGCUCGCGAGACACCACCUUGAGAGUAUGGGACUUGUCCACAGGGCAAUGCUCGAACGUUCUCAUGGCACAUCAAGCUAGUGUCCGCUGUCUAGAAAUACAUGGCGACCUUGUUGUCUCUGGGAGCUACGACACUACGGCUAAAAUCUGGAAUAUACAUACUGGCGAGUGCCUACGGACUCUCCAAGGUCACUUCAGCCAAAUAUAUGCUAUCGCUUUUGAUGGUCAAAGGAUAGCAACCGGCAGUCUAGAUACGAGCGUCAGGAUAUGGAAUCCUCAAGAUGGCCAAUGCAUCGCCAUACUCCAAGGCCAUACCUCCCUCGUAGGCCAACUGCAACUCCGCUCCUCAACACUUGUGACUGGCGGCUCUGAUGGCUCGGUACGCGUAUGGUCUCUCCUCACUAACUCGCCUAUCCACCGCCUUGCCGCCCACGACAAUUCUGUCACCUCUCUCCAAUUCGAUGACGCCCGCAUCGUAUCCGGUGGCUCCGAUGGGCGCGUGAAGAUCUGGGAUACUAACACCGGAGCUCUGGUGAGGGAGUUAAGCCAGCCCGCGGAAGCGGUCUGGAGGGUCGCGUUCGAGAGUGAACGGUGUGUGGUGCUAGCCAGCAGGGCGGGGAGGACGGUCAUGGAAGUUUGGGAUUUCGCGCCGCACGAGGAGGAUGAGGAAGGGGAAGGGGAAGAUGACGUUGAUCGAGAGGAAGAGACGGAUAAGGUCGGGGAGAUAGUCGGCUUGGAGAAGGGGGAGCUGGAUGAUGAUGAUAUGGCUGAUGAGACGGACUUGGAAAUGAUGGAUGCGCAGAGCGAGAACGAAGAGAUGAGGAAGAGGGGCAGGGGCAUUUUACAGGACGAAAAUGAAAAAAUGGGUCAUUGA